AAGCCAAACCGAGGGUCUCGACCCGAAACGUUACCCAUUCCUUCUCUCCAGAGAUGCUGCAUGUCCCGCUGAGUUACUCCAGCAUUUUGUGUCUAUCUUCGGUGUAAACUGGCAUCUGCAGUUCCUUCCUGAAUACCGCACGCCAUAGUGGUAUUUAAGAGACUUUUGGAGAUGGAUAUGGAUAUGAAUAUGGAUUAUAUGUAGGCAGAUAGGACUAUUGGUGUCAUGUCCAGCACAGGCUUUGUGGGCUGAAGGGCCUGUUCCUGUACUGUUCCUUCGUUCUAUGUCACCAUCUUAUCAAAAUCUUAUCUAUACUCCCAAGCCUUUCCUGACAUCCACUGAGCGAGGGCUAUAUGUAUAUAUGUAUUGUAGUUUGGUUGUCUGUACUAUUCUUAUAACAAAUCUAAAGCACUUUGGCCAAGGAGAGUUGUUUUUUUAAAUGUGCUAUAUAAAUAAAUGUGACUUGACUUGACUUGACCAACUGUGGCAAUAUCGCACACAUGGACGAGACCAUCUUUUAUCUAUGAAUCUUUUUUAAGUUUCAGUCUUCGAAUGGACCUGAUCCAGGAAUUUCUGAUCCCACCCUGGCUGGUUCCCCUGGUGAGCUCCGAGCCCUGGCUCUAUCUGUGUGAGAUCACAUCCAAUCCCUGGAUAUGGAGAGGACUUGUGCUUUUGCUAUUCGGCCUGUACGUCUGCUGGCCACACAGCACCUUCAAGGAGCUCUACAUCCCCGGUCCUUCACCCAGACUCUUCCUCGGAUCCAUCCCCGACUUCUACCGCAAGGAUAUUCACAUCGUCGACCUAGAGAGCUACGACACAUUUGGAGAUAUCUGGGGACUGCUCCUGGGCCGCCAGCCGUUCCUCAUGAUCGCCGACACCGAGAUCAUCCACAAGUUGUUCAUUGUAGAAGAUGGCAAAAUCUUCGCCGAUGUUCGAGCUCGCCGAUCCCACUGUCCGUUCAGCGAGAGUUUCUUCCAGGCAGAGGAGUUUGAUCAGCGGCGGAUUCACCAGCUCCUCUCGGCCGCCUUCGGAGAUGAGCAACUGCGCCAGGUGUUUCCACUGAUGGUUCUAAACGCCGACGAACUUGUGUGUCAUUUUGGAAAAUUCUACAGGAAUGGCGAGUCCGUGGUGGUCCGAGAGUUAUUUGGCCGGUACGUACGUGACGCGCUGAUGAUGUCGAUGUUCGGAGCUGACGUGGACACGCACGGCAUUGGGAAACACCCGUACACGUAUUACUGGGAUCUCAUCCUCACGGCCCACCGCAAAUACGCCGUCAUCUCCCCCUCACUGAUCUUUCCCUGCUUGAAGCCUCUCCUCCGGACGCUGAAGUUCCACUUUUACUGGAAAGAAGCCAUUGGCUACUUCACCGAGCUGGUCCGCCACGCUCAAGCACAGAGGAAGCAGGCCACACAGUCCACGGAGAGAGUGGGCAUCCUUCACCACCUGCUGGACCGGGCAGAGGCCAGCGCUGACCCAGGGAGGAAACUGUCACCAGGAUACACGGGGAUGAGCGAGGGCGAGCUCGUUGCGCAGAUGCUGAGGAUCCUGGUCUCCGCCUUCAACGCUGCCACCUUCUCCCUGGAGUUUGCAGCUUAUUUGUUGGCCCGGCACCCGAGCGCCCAACACCGCCUCCAGGUGGAGGCUGCACGCACUGCGGGCCACAAGGUACAAACCGCGGGGGUGGUGGCCCGAACCAGCGGCAGCGAUUGGCUGGCGUGGGAUGUCGGGGGUUAA